AGGCAUGUCAAACAUACGGCCCGCGAGCCGGACCCGGCCCGUUGGAUGAUUUAAUCCGGCCCGGCAUAAAUUUCUGAGUAUGUCAAAAAAAGAAGCGAGUCUCUAGCUCAUUUCUAUCAAAAGUUAUGAUUUUUUAAAAUAAAUACAAACCAAAUGCUCCCUCCGGCCGCGGGAGGGCAGUAAAUGUGUAAAAGAGACGUCCAGCAUGCGGCAUUGACACGAGUUAGUACUAAAAAUAAACCGGCAAUCUUGCUUCACAAUUCACCACUACUAAACAAGUUAUCGGUCAACACACCCUUCCCAAAAUGGCACUGUCAAAAAAAAGAAAAGUGGACACGGAGUGCAGAGUUUUCAAGGAAAAAUGGACUGAGAAUUAUUUAUUCACAGAAGUGAAUGCAAAACCAGUGUGCUUGGUAUGUAAUCAGCAAGUUGCAGUGUUCAAAGAGUUUAAUAUUCGGCGCCACUAUGAGACUCAUCAUAAAGACAAGUAUGACCACUUGAAAGGACAAAUAAGGAAAGACGAGAUAAACAAAUUGGUGGCUGGUCUGAAGAAACAGCAGUCUACUUUUACGCGCAGCCGCGAUAUCGCUGAUGGGGCUGUAAGAGCCAGCUACAUUAUUGCCAACGAGCUGGUGCAGGCAUCCAAGCCAUUUUCUGAUGGGGAGUUUGUAAAAACAUGCAUGCUGAAGGCUGCAGAAGUCGUGUGCCCUGAAAAGCGACCUGCCUUUGCCAAUAUUAGUCUAACGAGGAACACUGUCGCAGAUCGGGUGACAGAACUCUCAAGUGACUUGACAGGCCAAAUGAAAGAGAAAAUCAAGUCAUUUAUCGCAUUUUCAAUUGCAAUAGAUGAGAGCACCGAUGUCACAGAUAUUGCUCAACUGGCCAUAUUCGUUAGAGGUGUUGAUGAAACUUUGACCAUCACCGAGGAGCUGCUUGAAUUGGUGCCCAUGAAUGACACCACAACAGCAGAUGACAUUUUCAGCGCUCUCGUUGGAGCGCUGGACAAGGUGGGAGCGGACUGGUCCCGUGCCGUGAGCCUGGCUACCGACGGUGCGCCAUCAAUGGUCGGGAGAAAGGCAGGCGUUGCCACAAAAUUCCGUGACAAAGUACAGACCGCAAAUGGAGGACAAGAGUUUUGGGCAUUUCACUGUAUUUUGCAUCAGGAGGCGUUAUGUUGCAAAACACUGCAAAUGGACCAUGUUAUGAGUGUGGUUGUGAAAACUGUCAAUUUCAUCAGAGCGCGCGGUCUAAAUCACCGUCAGUUUGACACAUUUCUCAGUGAUAAUGUCAUUCAUGCUGGCCUACCAUACCACACUGACGUGCGGUGGUUAAGCAGAGGUGCAGUACUCAAGCGCUUCUUUGAGCUACGAGGGGAAAUUAGACAGUUCAUGGAGAAGAAGGGACGCCCAGUAAAGGAACUUAAAUGCAAGGAAUGGGUGCAGGAUCUUGCGUUUAUGGUUGAUAUUACACAACACUUGAAUACACUUAACACUACAUUGCAGGGCCGUAACAGAGUUGUCACUCAAUAUUACGACAGCAUAAGUGCGUUCAAGAUGAAACUGUCACUGUGGGAGACGCAGCUAUCCAACGGUGACACCGCGCAUUUCUCUUGUCUCACAGCUGUGCGUCCGGAGGCACCGGACCGUCCCGAUAAUGAUUUGGAAAAAUAUAAAGACAACAUAACAGAUUUGCUGCGAGAGUUUGAGCAGAGGUUUCAGGUAUUCAGUGAACUUGAGAACAAAUUUGGCUUUUUUCGCUCGCCAUUUACAGUGAAGCCUUCUGAUAUGCCAGCUGACAUUCAACUCGAGCUUAUUGACUUGCAGUGCGAUUCCGCUAUGAAGGAUAAAUUUGGGUCCGUGGGAUUGGAUACGUUUUAUCAAUAUCUCGUGCCAGGUUACCCCAAAUUAACAGCCAUGGCUGCAAAGGUUCUAUCCAUGUUUGGGACUACUUAUCUUUGUGAACAGGUGUUCUCCGUAAUGAACAAUAAUAAAACAAAGCAGCGCUCAAGGUUAACAAAUAAACACUUGAAUGACAUUGUUAAAUGUGCUGCUACUCAGGAUUUGACACCUAAUAUCGAUACACUUGUGAAGGCAAAAAGAUCCCAAGUUUCAGGAGCCAGCAGCAGCAAGUAGACUGCAGGAGUGCAGUGA